CUUCGCGUCGCAUGUUCGAGUGUUCGAGCGUUAGAUUUUCGUCGAGAAACGCGGUGACACGGCCAAAUCCCGACUGCAGCAAACGACGAGGAAUCUCGCUUCCCUGCGCCGUUUGGAAAUAAACUCCUUGUGUCGAAAUAGUGCUCGUGAUUGAUCGAUGAUGCAUUCCUUUCGCUGUUGUGCGUUCAAGGAGUAAUUAACUUCUGGAAAAUCGUGAACGCCGGUGGCUCUAUUCGUGACGUUCGAACACAGUUGACGGUGAUAAUAAAAUUGCGCAGAAUAUACUUAGCCGAUAAAACCGCGGCUCCAAUCGUCUCUGCAACUUCUUAUAACAUAAAAUCGAAUAUGGAUUGUCGGGAUGAGUGCAAGUUGAAGUGUUGAUAUCGGAUAGUGGUUUGUGAUUUGUGAUGCGGUUCUCCGUGCCCGUACGCCUUCCGUUCAAUUGGAUAAGAUUCGUCGAUGUAACGGAGUGCUGCCAGUGACUGGGGUGCGAGACGUUUACCCGAUCGUUGAACGAUGGUUAAUGGUGGCAGCGGUGGGAUGAUAUGAAGCCAGUCCAGCGUUAGUCUCGCUCUGAGCCUUGGAUAGUGUUACUCACUUCGCUAAACCGUAACGAGUUCGCGAACUGCGUUGAAGGCCUCGAAAAUAUGAGAGUCCCCCUCGUUUUACUCGGCGGUAUUGUCGUCCUGUCAGUUGCGGUCGCGAGAGCCUUGUCCUGCGUCUGUUCGCCGCUGGAAUGCGACUCGCUAACGGAAGAGGAUUGCCCAGGGGGCCUCACCUGGGAUCCUUGCAAAUGCUGCAGAGUUUGUGCUCGCGUCGAGGGUGAACCAUGCGGAGGCCUCUUCGGUUUCUCUGGAAGUUGCUCGGAGGGUCUUCAGUGCGUGAUCACGACUCUUCUGGACCACGCGCGAGAAGUCGACGAAGGCACCUGUACCAAAAUUCCGGGGCGUUGGCGGCGGCAUUGUCCUCACGGUCCAAAAAUGUCAAGACCAGGGUGUAAUCUCGUCGGUGAAGGGCUGACCCGAGGAGGAAACAGCGGGACUCGUAACGCAGGUGGAAGCGACGUUGGAAGCGGAAAAUGCAUCUGCGGUCCGUCCGUUCCCUGGUGUCCGGGUGAACCGGAGCCUUACACAUACAGGACGAGGCACGAGUGCAAACUGAAUUUAGCUGCGAAACUCGCCAACGAUAACCUCUUCAACGCUGCUCCGGUAGCAGAGGUGCAGGUGACGACAAGCGCUAUUAACGUCGAACCCUGUCCCGACGACAGCAUCCUUUCCGAAGAUGGUGUGUGUACGUGCGUGUCUCCAUGUCCUCCUGGAAAGUGUGACACCGGGUCACAUCCUGUCCAGAUUCUCCCUGGCGGACCUGAAAAGCCUGGCAACUGCUGUCCUCUCUACAAGUGCGUACAUCUAGAAGGCGUUUCAUGGGAUGAACCGGAGGAGGCUAAUCAGGGAGGAUGCAUUGACAACUCGGGGGUUCCCCGCCAGGCGGGGGACCGUUGGCAGGAAGGACCGUGCACAAGCUGCAAGUGUGACGAGGGUCUCGCCGCCUGUCAAGCGUUGAUGUGCAAGAAUUGCGAAAACGCGACGCCCCCCGAGGCAGGUGAAUGUUGUCCACGGUGUCCGGCGCAGGGUAACGCGACUGGUGCCGAACCGGUCAAAUGUGUGCCUUUGAUGAACUGUGAACUCGACUGCAAAGUCGGAUUUGCCGCCGAUUCGUCCGGCUGUCCGACGUGCGAAUGCGUCCUCGAAGGGUUCGCACACGAGAACGAGAAAAUCUGUCCUCAUCUUUCGGACUGCACGUUAUCAUGCGACCUAGCAAACGACGACGGAGGAUGUCCAGUCUGCGCCUGUCAAAACGGAGGCGAGACUUCGGCGAACACGGUGACUCCCAUGGAGAUCGAGAACACCACGGGCAACGAAAACAACGACAAAAACGACGAAACUUCAGCCAAGAAAAUCUGCCCCGCUCUCAGCUGCGACCUGCACUGCGAGAGAGGUCUCGCGAUCGACGAAGAAGGCUGCACUAUUUGCGCCUGCAACCCGAAACCAGGGUGUCCCAUGGUGACGUGCAAGAAGGACUGCCCGAUGGGUUACAAAACCAAUAAACGAGGUUGCCAGAUUUGCCGUUGCCGGUUAUCAUGCGUGGAUUCCCAGAACGAGACGCACGUUGAAAAUUCAAAAUGGAGUCCAGAUUCUUGCACAACAUGCGCCUGUGAUCAAGGCGGGAGAUUGAGCUGUAACAAAACCAUUUGUUCCGUACCUUGCAAGGAUUCAUUACCGCCGCCCCCAGGAGAAUGCUGUCGAGUUUGUCCAAUAAAGGAACAUCGUGACGGCGAGUCAGCUCCGACAGGAAUGAAGGGUUGGGCCCACGUGACGGUGACAGUUGUAUUGGCAGCGCUGUGUAUUGGCCUGACGAUUCACAUUGUUCGCGGACGUUUCCGCGGCCGAUUGUCACCCUCGAAAGAAUCCUACCCGGCAUAUUCGAAUCAGUACUACAAGUGUAUACCCGUAUACGAUACUCCGGUGCAUCAGACCGAAAAAGUUGUACCGCUGUAGGCAAAUCGGUUGCAGGAUUAUUAAACUGUACAAAUUGGUGGCUAUUUUUUAGCGAUAUAUUAACUUACGUGUGUACGUUGCAAUUAGACCGACACACGGGAAGAUUGCAGAAAGCGCGUGAAAUUUUAAGAACAUUUCUUUGUUUUAUUUCAUUUUUUUUCCUUUGUUCCAUCGAGCAAUCGAAUCGUUUUCCGUUUACAAUUUUUAUGACUAUUUAUUCCUCGAUUUUAAUACUUCAAACAUAUUAUUUUCACAAAUUAUUACUGCUACUUUGAAAACUUUGAAUAUCAUACGAAAUCAGGCUAUGUAUUAUAGUUGUUCACUUUGUUAACUGUCUUGGUGAUAUUGAAAAAAUAGUAAAAACUUCCCUAGUAUUAGUCAGGGUGAAGGAGGUAUACAUGAAAUGGUGACAGCGGUAGGAUGCACCGUUUAAAUCAACAUGGAAUUGAAGCGACAUCUAAUAAUAAAAUUUCGACAUACUAUGGCGCAUAGUUAUAUUAUAAUAUCAUUGUAUAAUAUUCUCUUGAAAAAAAAGAAGAAGAAGAAACUUGGAAGAAGACUAGCGAAACAGUUACGUGAUGGUGAUUUGUUCGCGAUACAAAUUAAUCAGUACAGAAAUUUUCGAGCUGCUGCUUUGUAUUCGAAACCUAAAUGAAAUUGAUUGUAAAUUGAAACAAAAAAAAAUGUAGGGACUUGAAUACUAUACAUACAUAAUAUAUAUAUAUAUAUAUAUAUAUAUAUAUAUAUAUAUAUAUAUAAUAUGUAUACGUACAUACUGAAUUUUUACAACAAGCUACUGAUUACAGUAUAUGGUAUGUAUAUCGAUCGAUGUAGUUGUACUACACACUUUACACAAUACGAAGAAAAAACAAAAAAAAAAAAAAAGAUAUGUAAGGAAAAUAAUAAUGAAUUACUACCCUAAAGUAAUAUAAUGUAAAAGAAAUAUAUUUGUAAAUAAUGUGAAAGAAAAGAAAGAGGUGAGAGUAAAAAGAAAAAAAACUAAAACUGAAAGAAAGAAGAACGUAAAGAAGAAGACAUUCUUUAAGUUAUACUUACAAUUAUAAAUUUGAUGUUUUUUCCCCUGCAAGUAAUUCUAAAUAUAUAAUAUAAUAAUAUAAUAAUGAAUAAUUAUUGUCACUAUUAUGAUUAUCAUUAUUAUUGUUACUUGUGGUGAUCCUUUGAGUAUUAAUUGAUAAUCACUUACACGCAAUAUACGAUAUGUUAUUUUCUCUUUAUCUAAACAAAGAAAAAAAUUUAGUUUAGUACCUUAUUUUCAAAGAAAACAAAAAGCAAACUGAUAUAAAGUAUAAUCGAGGUCGGAAAAGAAUUUUUUUCAUUCAUCAAUAAUACGCGUUUAUAAAAUCGGUUUUAAGAUCAGGAUUAGUUUUGUUUCAGCGCUUAGUUUCGGCAAGAUCUCGGCAAUGCGGUGUAUCACAUAUCGUUCGUGAAGUUCUUCGCGACAAGACUUUCUACUCAGACUGUGAAGCUCGUAGAAGUCAAUGAAUUUUUGAUUUCUUGUCCGCGCGGUUUUUCGAAUAUCAAACAAACGAUGACAUGAGGAGAAAAUAAAAAGCGCGAUAAAACUGCACAUGUGACUGUAAUAAGAAUUAUAGAAAACUCCUGUUCCUUUUCAAUUAAACCACUGUAUGAGUUAAUUUUGUACGUUGUAAAAGUAUACAUAAUUAUUUUAUUAUUGAA